AUGGACACUUUCGCGGUUCUGGCUCUUGCAACCGACCCUCCCACGUCCGAUUUACUUGAUAGGAAACCUUCGAGCCACAGAGGAGAAGCAUUGUUGAAUUACGGGGAUGAUCAGUUGCAAACUUUAUUUUUUAAUACGUUUGUGUUCUUGCAAAUAUUCAACAAGCUGAACAUAUUCAAGGGAAUUUUGGCUAAUCAAUUCUUUAUGUUUAUAUUCGUUCUGAUGGUUAGCGGACAAGCAUUGAUAGUUAACUAUGGCGAGCUUGCAUUCCAAAUGAUUAGCUUAAACGGAGAACAAUGA